AUGGAGCUUGUUCCAGCCACUCCCCAUUAUCCUGCAAAUGUGCUUUUCCAGACUGAUCCAACUGCAGAGAUGGCAGCUGAGUCAUUGCCUUUCUCCUUCGGGACACUGUCCAGCUGGGAGCUGGAAGCCUGGUAUGAGGACCUGCAAGAGGUCCUGUCUUCAGAUGAAAAUGGGGGUACCUGUGUCUCACCUCCUGGAAAUGAAGAGGAAGAAUCAAAAAUCUUCACCACUCUUGACCCUGCUUCUCUGGCUUGGCUGACUGAGGAAGAGCCAGAACCAGCAGAGGUCACAAGCACCUCCCAGAGCCCUCACUCUCCAGAUUCCAGUCAGAGCUCCCUGGCUCAGGAGGAAGAGGAGGAAGACCAAGGGAGAACUAGGAAACGGAAACAGAGUGGCCAUUCCCCAGCCCGGGCUGGAAAGCAGCGCAUGAAGGAGAAAGAACAGGAGAAUGAAAGGAAAGUGGCACAGCUAGCUGAAGAGAAUGAACGGCUCAAGCAGGAAAUCGAGCGCCUGACCAGGGAAGUAGAGGCGACUCGCCAAGCUCUCAUCGACCGAAUGGUGAAUCUGCACCAAGCAUGAACAAUUGGGAGCAUCAGUCCCCCACUCGGGCCACUACCCACCUUUCCCAGAAGUGGCUACUGACCACCCUGUCACUAGUGCCAAUGAUGUGACCCUCAAUCCCACAUAUUCAGGGGGAAGGCUUGGAGUAGACAAAAGGAAAGGGUCUCAGCUUGUAUAUAGAGAUUGUACAUUUAUUUAUUACUGUCCCUAUCUAUUAAAGUGACUUUCUAUGA